UCUGUCUAUGUAAAACUAAGAGAUAAGUAAUUCUCUUACUUUAAUUAUCCGGUACAUUUAAAUGCGCGUAACUUUGAGUUGAUAGUUUUGAUAGUUUUGAUUGUUAUUUAUUUUGUGAGUUGAUUAAACAAUUAACCAAAAUGAUUUGUUCUGAUCAUUUAGAUCUUGAUUAUGAAGGUGUAAUCUCUGAAUCAUGGUAUGAAAAGAGCGACGAUGAUCCAAAUUGGAGUAAAGUGAAUCAAUUGAAAAGUGAAUUGAUUUUGUUUCUCAAAAAUUGUGAUAAUAAAAAUGGAAAACAGCAAAUUGAUAAAUCGAAGAUGAUUCAAUGGAUUGUCAAUAUACUCGACGCAUUUAACGAUCAGCGAAAACCAAUUGCUAUAGUUAAUAGGAGAACAUGGACCAAUUUCUCAGUUGACACUCAACUUGGAAUUGUCCUGAAAGAUGAAAUCGAAGACUUUACUUUCCCUGAGACCGAACGUCGAGCCCGAAUGGUUGUCCUUCUAUGUAGAGUUUAUUUACUUUUACGCCAAAACAAAUUCGCAAGUAAAAAAGACUUGUAUUAUCGUGACAAGUCAAUGUAUGGAACUCAAUCAAUUUGUGACGAUCUGAUUGCAGACUUGUGCUGUGUCACCUACAACUCAAGGCGACAAUUACAUAUCUUGUCCUCUGCCAAAGGCCUGAUUUAUGGGAGACUUGAAUUCACCUCGGAAAACAAUAGGAUCCGAUGUAUGGACUUUAAAUCUGGUGUAUCGAUUGGAGAUUCAAACGAGAUGAAGGAUUUGAAAAGCGAUGCGAAAUUUAUUCUUGUCGUUGAAAAAGACGCUUCUUUUCAAUAUUUAAUUGACGAGAAAAUAAUUGAUAAAUUUCCGAUCAUUCUAAUCACUGGGAAAGGUUAUCCUGAUUUAGAUACAAGGUGUUGUGUUAAAUCCCUUUCUUGUCAAUUACAAUUACCUGUUUUCGUAUUAGUUGAUUGUAAUCCUCAUGGAUUAGCAAUUUUCUUGACUUAUCGCUUUGGGUCACGAUCUAUGGCUCAUGAGGCUCAUAAUUGUACCGUUACUCAGGCCAAAUGGUUUGGGCUUUUACCCACGGAGUUGGAAAAAUUUAACAUCCCUGAUGAGCAAAUGAUGCCGCUUAGUAAAGAUGACCUGAAAAUGAUUAAAUCGUUCAAACAUCGUCCUUAUAUUACAAGUGAUAAGCUCAUUAUGGAGCAAGUGGAAUUCAUGUUGAAAAAAAAUCGAAAAGCGGAAAUACAAUCGAUAGAAAAUGUUAUUGGAACUUAUCUUCCACAUAAAAUCAAGAAUGGUUAUUGGAUUUAAUUGAACAAUUACAAUUACGAUCAUUGAAUCAUCUCAUGAAUCUUGUUAUCAACAAAUAAAACGGACAAUUAACUUUGUUCAAUCUUGUUUAUCAA